AUGUCGCUGCCAGCCCUCGAUCGAGAGGCUUCACGGCUCUCCAAGGCAUCUGGAUCGACGGGAGCGGACAAGGGACGCGUCGCUCGGAUUCGCAGCGGAGUGUGGGGAGCAGCUGGCCGAGCAGCCAGCGUUGCUAGCGUGGCCACUUUGGGAACGUUGAAUGGGCAAUCAGAGGCGCAACAGAAGGCAGAAGAUGUGCAGCUGAACGGAUUCACCGGCGUCUUUCCCGUUCCCGCACCUGGAUGCAGACCCGCUCCCCCCGCAGCUCUCACGACGGCGCAAUCUGAAGCGUACGACAAGAUGCUGCGUUACUUUAAGCAAGACGUCACGCAGUACCCCAUCUCGCUCGCUACCGGCGCAGCCAAGCAGCCCGCAACCGAGUGGGAAAAGUUGAGACUGUUGAGCAGAGAAAGCAUGCUGAGGUAUCUUCGCGCAACAAAGUGGGAUGUGUCGCAGGCGCAAAAGAGGUUGACAGAGACGAUCGCUUGGAGGAGAGAAUUCGGUGUGGACAAGCUGGAUCCCGAUGAGAUGGCGCACGAGGCCAAGAGCGGAAAGGAGACGGUGCUGGGAUACGAUAACAAGGCGAGACCGCUGCAUUACAUGCAUCCUCACAGGAACGACACAAAGGAAACGCCGAGGCAGAUGCAGUUCGCCGUGUGGAUCUUGGAGCGCAGCGUGGAUCUGAUGCCUCCUGGCAUCGAACAAUUGGCCCUUCUGAUCAACUUUGAUCAUCGGUCACGCAACCCAACCAGCAUUGCCAAUGCCAAGCUCAUGCUGUACAUCCUCCAAAAUCAUUACGUGGAGCGAUUGGGUGUGGCGCUAUGCAUCAAUGUGCCUUGGAUUUUCAAAGCCUUCUGGAGCGCGAUCCAGCCUUUUAUCGACCCCGUCACAAAGAGCAAGUGCAAAUUCGAUGAAGCCAUCAAGGACGAAGUCCCCUCGGAGCAGUUGAGCGCCGACUUUGGUGGCACGCUGGAUCCCAAGUACAACCACGAUGCGUACUGGCCAGAUCUGGUCAAGACUUGCGACGAAAGGCGAGAGCAGAUGAUGCGGCGCUUCAAGGAGAUGUGCAAUUCAGAAGUCGGCGCUUCGGAAUGGGUCAUUUUGGGUGGAGACGACAAGGAAGCGCCCUUUAACAAAAAGGACUUGGCAGCGAUCAAAAGGGCCGGUACUGAGCCGGACGACCACGUCGAAGCUGCUGCUGCUGCAGGGAAU